AUGAAGUUUAACGGAUAUCUGAAGCUCCGAAUCGGCGAGGCGCUGGACCUCAAACCCACCAAAUUCUCCACGCGCCACUCUCUCAUCUUCAACAAGGCUCCCGCGGCUCUCGACCCCUACGUGGUGGUGAAGGUGGACGACUACAAAAUCGGACAGACUCACACCAAACAGAAGACCAACAUGCCCACCUACAACGAGGAGUUCUGCCUGAACGUGAACGACGGGCGGCUGAUCGAGCUGGCGGUGUUCCACGACACCCCCAUAGGGUACGAUGACUUCGUGGCCAACUGCACCAUCCAGUUCGAGGACCUCAUCGAGACCUCCAACACGGGGAAGACCUUUGAGGGAUGGAUGGAUUUGGAGCCAGAAGGCAAGGUCUACAUCCACAUCACGCUUACUGGAUCUUUCACAGACGAUGAUGCCUUGUUGAAAGAGAAAACCUACAAGCAGUUUACGAGGACCCGGCAGGGGGCGGUGAGACGGAGGAUCCACCAGGUCAACGGGCACAAGUUCAUGUCCACUUUCCUCCGUCAGCCCACCUUCUGUUUUCACUGCAAGGAGUUCAUCUGGGGAGUUUUUGGGAAGCAGGGCUACCAGUGUCAAGUGUGUACCUGCGUCGUUCAUAAGCGGUGCCACCAGCUGGUCGUCACCGUGUGCCCUCGCAUGAAGAAGACGGCAAAGGAGCAGCCCAUCAACCAAGGCUUCAGCAUUAACAUCCCCCAUAAGUUCACCAUCCAUAACUACAAGUCGCCCACCUUCUGUGACCACUGCGGCUCAUUACUGUGGGGAAUCGUCAAACAGGGGCUGCACUGUAAAAUGUGCAAAAUGAAUGUUCACAUCCGCUGCAAAGGCAACGUUGCUCCCAACUGUGGGGUCAACAACGUGGAGCUGGCCAAUAAGCUCGCAGAGAUGGGUCUACAGGCCGGGGGGAUUUCCAAAAGAAACACAACG